CCUUACGAUAUGACCGCGAGGAUGCGGAGGCUGACCGAGGACGACUCAUCCCAGCCGGCGACUGCCUUUCCGGUGAACAUUUAACGUCCGAUCUCUAAGAUGGUGGUGGAGGUGAUGAUGUCGUGCAUGCACCGGAGACCGUCGAACGCCUCAUCCCAAAAGUGUGCGUGCUAGCCUGCUCUGACUACGCGACAUUUUCAUCCUUAGCAGCGGCGCACAGGCAGGGGAUGUCAACACGCCAAGAUGGUCCGCAUUAUCAGUGUGCUGGGUCUGAUCAUGUUCAGCGUGGCGCUGCUCAUACUGUCAUUGAUCAGCUACGUGUCAAUAAAAAAAGAUUUCAUCUUCACGGCCCCCAAAUACGCAAAUUCGGGUGGGCCGCGGAUGUACAUGUUCCAUGCCGGAUUCCGGUCACAGUUGGCUAUGAAGUUCCUGGAUCCGGCCUUCACAUCCCUCAACAAUGCCCUGAAUGAAGAUCUGCAGGGAAAGUCAUCCAAGUGGAAGUUUAACAGAACAGCAUACUUAGAUCAAAGCAAAGAGAUAGCGAAGUACAUCGACGUGCCGCACAACUUCACGCUGACACGGUCGAGCGUGCGCGUGGGCCAGCUGAUGCACUACGACUACUCGAGCCACAAGUACGUUUUCUCCAUCGGCGAGAACUUCCGCUCGCUGCUGCCCGAGCUCUCGCCCGUGCUCAACAAGCGCUACAACACCUGUGCCGUGGUGGGCAACAGCGGGAUUCUGACGGGCAGCCGCUGCGGUCCGGACAUCGACAAGUUCGACUUCGUCUUUCGCUGCAACUUUGCACCCACUGAGGUGUUCCGCAGGGACGUGGGUCGGCGCACCAACCUCACCACCUUCAACCCCAGCAUCCUGGAGAAGUACUACAACAACCUGCUGACCAUCCAGGACCGCAACAACUUCUUCCUGAGCCUGAAGAAGCUGGACGGGGCCAUCCUCUGGAUACCGGCGUUCUUCUUCCACACCUCGGCCACCGUCACACGGACGCUCGUGGACUUCUUCGUGGAGCACCGGGGGCAGCUGAAGGUGCAGCUGGCCUGGCCGGGGAACAUUAUGCAGUAUGUCAAUCGCUACUGGAAGAACAAGCAGCUCUCCCCCAAGCGCCUGAGCACGGGCAUCCUGAUGUACACGCUGGCGUCGUCGCUGUGCGACCAGAUCCACCUGUACGGCUUCUGGCCGUUCGGCUGGGACCCCAACACGGGCAAGGAGCUGCCCUACCACUACUACGACAAGAAGGGCACCAAGUUCAACACCAAGUGGCAGGAGUCGCACCAGCUGCCCACCGAGUUCAAGAUGCUCUUCAAGAUGCACGCGGAGGGGCUGCUGAAGCUCACGCUCUCCCACUGCGCAUGAGCGGAGGAGGAGGUGGACGGACAGCAAGGUGGGAGAGACUGGCUGACUUUGAGGAAAGGGAAUAGGGGAGAUGAACAAUACAGUAUGCACACCAAGGGGAAUCUGUAACUCAUGCUCUCCCACUGGGCAUGAGAGGAGAGGAGGUGGACGGACAGCACAGUGGGAGAGACUGGCUGAACUUUGAGGAAAUGGAAGGAAGAGGGGAGACUUGG